UUAUGUUCGAAGAUGAUAAUCUUGAAGAGUUGAAUGGUGUAUUUGCAAUACAAAUAGAGAGUUUAAUUAUAGUCUCUUCAGAGGAUAUUCCUAAGGAUAUCUAUUUCAAUACAUGGGAUGAGGUAGACAACUAUUUUAAUGAAUAUGGUGCUAGAAACGG